AUGGCGGCACAAAGUCAUAAAUUCCAUUGUUCACAGCCUAGCUUUGUUACUUUAACUUCGUGUCUUCUCAUAUUCAUACAUUUGGUAUUGCAAGUAGAUUUAGCGUUAGCAUCUUUCAAUUUAAACGACGUCUAUUUUUCUGAAUUAAAUAUCACUAACCCAAACUCAACAAUAAACUGGACAUUAUUUGAAAAUGCAUCAAUAAUUGUUAAACACUCUCAUAUAAAACAUUCAAACUAUUCAACGUUAGUGACCAUUCUACUAGCAGCAAUUUUUAUGGUUGUAAUAUUUGGGACAAUAGUGGGAAAUAUUUUAGUUUGCGUUGCCGUGUGCUUAGUGCGAAAAUUAAGAAGGCCCAGCAACUACUUGAUAGUGUCACUUGCAGUAAGUGACCUUUGUGUAGCUACGAUGGUUAUGCCUGUAGCUAUGAUAUACGAUUUACUAGGAACGUGGCCGUUUGGGCCAGUAGUUUGUGAUUUUUGGGUAUCCAGCGACGUCUUAUCUUGUGCUGCCAGUAUUCUCAAUCUAUGUAUGAUCUCGGUUGAUCGGUACUAUGCUAUAACAAAACCACUAGAAUAUGGGGUUAAAAGAACUCCAAAAAGAAUGUUAUUUUGUGUUUUCAUUGUUUGGAUGAGUGCAGCAUUUAUAUCGCUGCCCCCUGUCUUAAUAUUAGGUAACGAGAAGACAGAAACAAGCUGUUCAGUAUCGCAAAAUCAAGGAUAUCAAAUCUAUGCAACCUUUGGCUCAUUUUACAUACCCUUAACUGUAAUGGUAGUAGUAUAUUACAAGAUAUUUAGUGCAGCUCGAAAGAUUGUUAAAGAUGAAAAACGUGCGCAGUCUCAUUUGGAAACACAUUGUUACUUGGAAAUUAAUGUCAAAAAUGGUGGAGCAACAGAGGCAAAGCUUUUAGGCAGUCAAGCCCCAGCUCCUACUACGAGAGGUUCUACAGCUAGUACUAAUACCAUGUUCAGUGUAGAUAAAACAGAAAGCACGACUGGCGUAUGUUUUAAUGAACAACGGAAAUCAAAUGAAUCACAGUGCCCCAUGCUUCAACAUACAAGAACUCCAACAAAACCUAUUCAUACCAUUAACCAACCUUCAUCAAAAGUAGAACAAAUGCGAGAUAAUAUGCACCAAAGUAAAGAUAAUAGGCGACUGGAAACAGGAAGUAACCACAAGUUAACGUCAACCAGGAUUCGUUCAUCUUUAUCAAACAUUGCAAACAAAAGCCAUUUAGCUAAGGACUUGCUUCACCAGUCACAUUCACCGCACCAGAAAAAGUUAAGGUUUCAAUUGGCAAAGGAACGUAAAGCUUCAACAACACUUGGAAUAAUAAUGUCGGCAUUUAUAAUUUGCUGGUUGCCAUUCUUCGUAUUAGCUUUAAUAAGACCAUUUGUUAACGAAGAUACAAUACCGGAUGCUGUUAGUGCUUUAUUUCUUUGGUUAGGCUAUGUGAAUAGUUUACUUAAUCCAAUAAUUUAUGCAACAUUAAAUAGAGAUUUUAGAAAACCUUUUCAAGAAAUUUUGUUCUUCAGGUGUUCAAAUUUGAACCAUAUGAUGCGAGAAGAAUUUUAUCAUAGUCAGUACGGAGAUCCUGAUCAACACUACUGUGUAAAUAAUACGUCUAAAUUACAGAACUACGAUGAAGGCGUAGAAAUAGUUUCAACUGUAGAUAGAGACGAGAUACGAGCUUCUGAGAGUUUUCUAUGA